UGUUAUCAAGAGUCUGGUUGAACCGUAUGGACCAGUUUUAGCUGUCUUAGCAAGGAAGGUCCCAAAAAAAAAUGGGUGCUGGGCUCUGGUGACUCUAAGUAACCAGGAAUCCGUUGAUAAAGCGGUGUCUCAUCUAAACAUGGUUGAAAUCAAUAAGCAGCAGCUAUUUGUUACUCGUGCAAUUCCAAAAGAAGAAAAAAGUUAUUGUCGAAAACAAGAUAUUCAACCAAGAUACAAGCUUAAAAUACUGAUCACGGGGUUGAAUGUCAACACGCAUAAAGACAAGUUCCAAGAUUGGUGCUUAACCUUUGGGUCAAUAAAGUCUGUGGAGCUUUAUGGAACAUACCCCCAAGAAAACAAGAAGGGCUACACAGCUUAUGGAUAUGUGGAAAUGAUAAAUGAAGCCGAUGCUGACGUUUUGAUUGAUAAUCUCAAGCUACUGGGUGUUCGCUGCUUCAAGGUCAAAGUGGAGAUCCAAGAUAAGGAGACAGUUAUUACCGACAUGCAUCGCUAUCAUUUUGGCCCACUACCCGAACAAUCCAACAUUACUGGGAUGAGAUCCUAUGUAGAUCCCUCGAAAUUAUUUCACCUAGCCGCUUUUGCAAAAUCUGUCGAACAGGAAAAAUUGGCUGAAACGGUUCAAACCAAGGAAAAGAGCAAUGCAGAGCGAUUGAGCGUCGAUCUUCGCAGCAAGAUUGAACAAAUCAUAGGCAUUUGUGCUGUUGAAAUUUUAGGCGAAGAUACAUUGAUCUCCAACAACACCGGAUGCAUUUAUCUACACAAAGUGCAUUCAUUGUCUGAGCACAUCAUCAAGUUCUUUUGGUCUAAUAGGGUUGAUUCAUUCUUUAAAUUUUUAGAAUCCAACUACAAGAAAGACCAACCUUUGCACCCCCUGCUUAGAACUCAAAUUGUGCAGAGUGCGAUGUACUUGGGUAUUGUGCCCAAAUGCUAGAAAUGAGGGUCUUAAAACGAUUUAGCUUUAUAUGACCUAUAUAUAUGACUGGG